CAUUCAAGCUAAAACCACCUACUUCUACAAACUAGUACACAACUAUCACGUUACUUUGUUCACUUCACUUUCACCGACUCUUUCAUUCAUUCUUCCAAAUUCAUCUCACUCUCUUUUCUCAACAAUGGAAGAUGGAGAUUGGGUUCUGGUACGCAGCCCCUCACAGAAAGACUUAUGGAACCCAAGUUCACCAAAUGCUGCUGAUAAUGAACCUUCAAGACCCUUGAAACUUACUUUUUCUGCGCCUGCAAAGUAUUGGACUGAUGCUAUCCCCAUUGGAAAUGGUCGUCUUGGUGCCAUGGUUUGGGGUGGUGUUCAAACUGAACUUCUCCAGCUCAAUGACGACACGCUAUGGACUGGGAUACCUGGCAACUACACCGACAAAAAUGCUCCUGAAGUGCUGGCUGAAGUCCGAAAACUUGUUGAUGACAAAAAAUAUCCUGAAGCUACAACAGCUGCUGUCAAAUUGUCAGGAGCUCCUUCUGAAGUAUACCAACUUCUUGGCGAUAUUAAAUUAGAGUUCGACGAUUCUCAUAUUAAAUAUUCGGAAGAAUCUUAUCACAAGGAGCUCGAUUUGGAUAGUGCUACAGCAAAAAUAAAGUACAAUGUAGGUGAUAUAGAAUUUACCAGAGAGCAUUUUGCUUCUAAACCGGACCAAGUGCUAGCGACAAAGUUUUCCACAAGCAAGUCGGGUUCAUUAUCAUUUACAGUAUCUUUGGAUAGCGAGUUACAUCACAAUUCGCGGGUAAGCGGCCAAAAUCAGAUAAUAAUGGAAGGAAGUUGUCCUGGCAAAAGGAUCGCGCCACAAAUGAAUUCAAGUGGUGAACAAAAAGGAAUUCAGUUUUGUGCAGUUCUUGAUAUGCAGAUUAGUAAUGACAAAGGUGUUAUACAUGUUUUAGACGACAAGAAGUUUAGAGUUGAAGGUUCAGAUUGGGCUAUUUUGCUUCUGACAGCUUCCUCGUCCUUUGAUGGUCCAUUUACUAAUCCUGAAGACUCAAAGAAGGAUCCUACUACUGAGUCCUUGAGUAAAAUGAAAUCUGCAAAAAGCUUUUCAUAUGAUGAUAUUUACGCACGUCACUUGGAUGACUAUCAGAAUCUAUUUCAUCGGGUCUCAUUGCAACUCUCUAAAAGUUCCAAGACGGUUUUAGGAAAACCUAUUUUGGAUGAAAAAUUGGUUUCUGGUCAAACUAACAUCUCUCAAUUGGGAGGUGAUUCUGCUGUUCCAACUUCAUCGAGAGUCAAUUCGUUUCAAAAUGAUGAAGAUCCUUCCUUUGUGGAACUUUUGUUUCAAUAUGGUCGAUAUCUGCUAAUUGCUUGUUCACGUCCUGGAACUCAGGUGGCAAACCUACAGGGUAUAUGGAACAAUAAAGUUGCACCUGCAUGGGAUGGGGCUCAGCACUUGAACAUAAAUCUUCAAAUGAAUUAUUGGCCAUCUCUUUCUUGCAACCUACAUGAGUGUCAAGAGCCAUUAUUUGAUUAUAUUUCCUCUUUGUCUGUCGCCGGUAGUAAAACUGCAAAGGUGAACUAUGAAGCAAAUGGUUGGGUUGCACAUCAAGUUUCUGACUUAUGGGCUAAAACAUCGCCAGAUCGAGGUGAGGCUGUUUGGGCUUUAUGGCCGAUGGGUGGAGCUUGGCUUUGUACCCAUCUAUGGGAGCAUUACAGUUAUACAAUGGACAAGGAAUUUCUUAAAAGUAAAGCAUAUCCUUUGCUGGAAGGAUGUACAUUAUUUUUGUUGGAUUGGUUGAUCAAAGGCCCUGGUGGAUUAUUGGAAACUAACCCAUCAACUUCACCAGAGCACAUGUUCAUUGCACCAGAUCAAAAGCAAGCUAGUGUGAGCUACUCAUCAACCAUGGACAUUUCAAUCAUAAAAGAAGUUUUCUCUAUAGUCGUUUCUGCUGCUGAGGUUUUGGGAAAACAUGAUGAUGCUAUUAUCAAAAGAGUAAUUGAGUCUCAGUCCAAGCUUCCUCCUACAAAAAUUGCUAGGGAUGGGUCCAUUAUGGAAUGGGCUGAAGAUUUCCAGGACCCAGAUGUACAUCAUCGGCAUGUUUCACAUCUGUUUGGUUUGUUUCCGGGGCACACAAUAAAUCUUGAGAAAACUCCAGAUCUCUGUAAAGCUGUGGAUUAUAGUCUAAUUAAAAGAGGAGACGAAGGUCCUGGGUGGUCAACAACUUGGAAAGCUGCAUUGUGGGCUCAUCUCCAUAACAGUGAGCAUGCGUAUCGCAUGAUAAAACAUUUGAUUAUAUUGGUGGACCCUGAGCGUGAAAAAGAUUUCGAAGGAGGACUUUAUAGUAACCUGUUCACAGCACAUCCUCCUUUCCAAAUUGAUGCAAACUUUGGUUUUUCAUCUGCAAUUGCAGAAAUGCUUGUUCAGAGCACAACAAAGGACCUCUACUUACUUCCUGCAUUACCUCGUGAUAAAUGGGCAAAUGGUUGUGUGAAAGGAUUAAAAGCGCGUGGCGGUGUUACGGUCAACAUCUGUUGGAAAGAAGGAAAUUUGCAUGAAGUUGGCCUUUGGUGUCAAAACCAGAAUUCCAAAAUGAGACUACAUUAUAAAGGGAGCAUGGUCGUGACAAAUUUAUCACCAGGCAAAGUUUACUCGUAUAAUAAUUGGUUGAGGUGUAUUAAAACAUACCCCCUUAAUGAGGUGAAUCUUUAAUCUUUUUUGUCUUCCAAUUUUCCAAUAAAGUUUUAAGUGACAUGCAUAACUUUUUUACAAUUUGUUAUUGGACAUAGUCUGCCGGAUCAUGGUAUUGGUAUAUUUUCUUGUUUCCUAUAAUUAUUCUCCACGAGUCAUUUAGUCUCGGAAGAUGUAAUUUAAUGGAGAAGCAUUUUGUUAAAGCAAUUUUUGUGUUGUUUUGGGUGUGAA